CAGAACAUGGCAGGUAAGCUGUUCCUGCCUUUAAAAGGACACUGUAGGCACAAGUAGCUGCUUCAUUUAGUUGAAAUGGUGUCUGAAGUUCCACCAUUCAACCUUUUUUUUUAAAUACUAAAUUAGAGUCCCCAGCAACACAUCCUCUCUGUGUUGCUUUGGUCAAUGAGUAAGCAUUAGCCUGAGCAGCAAUGAACUGCUGUGAUUGAAUAAGAUUGUCAGCUAAGCAAUUUCAGCCUAUCACACAACUCAUUGCUGACUUGAUAUGGCUAGAAGGAAGUGUGUAGUUUGUCUUAGCCAUAACGCCGAUGGGGGCAGAAUUGUAGGUGGCCAGCGACUUAUUUAGUGCUAAACGUCUCAUGGAGGGACAAUGCCAGAGGACUACAGGCAUUAUAGCCAAUCCAAUUAGAUUAAAUUGAUGUAUUGCUUUUCUUCAGUGCAAAGAAAUUCAUUGGCCACAGUGUACAAUGGAGCAUUUCUGCAGUACUUUAGUGUCUAACAUAAUCAUACACUGAUGUUCCAAAAGUGAUUGUACUCAUUCUGACAUAUUUAUAUAAAUGCCUUAUGGAUAUACGUGGAAGGGGAGUAAUUUUCUAAUUUGUUUGGUCUGUGACAGGACAACCAUGUAUGCAAUCUAAAUUGAGUCAUUUAAGAAUCUGGUUGUGCAAAUUAAUAAAGUGUUUGUGCACAGCAAGACAAAAGAGCAGCUAUAUAAAAAAAAAAGCCAUUCUUUAUCAGUGCAACAGAAAGCCACACAAUAAAAAAAAAAUAAAAAAAAGUUGAGACAAAUUACACUGUUGGGGAGAUCUUGUUAAUAUAGAUAAAUUUAGCCAUACAGUUUCUUUAUAAUGUGACAAAACUUAAAAGGCUAUUUCACAUUGCUGGUAAAAUUAGAAAUGUUAAGUUAAAUUAACUUUCUUUGAAAAUAAUUUUUCGUACAAAUGGCUUUAUAUAUAUAUAUAUAUAUAUAUAUAUAUAUAUAUAAAAAGGACAAUCUUGACUAUCUUUUCUCAGGUUCAGCCGUCGGAAUCGAUCACAAUCCAGGUCUAGAUCAAACUCUAGGUCACGCUCAAAGUCCCAGCCAAAGAAGGAAGUAAGACACCAUCGCUCUGGCAGUAGAUCAAAUUCCAGAUCCCGGGCAGCUUCCAAAUCAGACAGCAAAUCAAAUCAUAAACAAAGCUCCAAAUAUAGCCGGGAAUCAAGAAGAGAACAAGAGAGAUCAAAAUCCCCAUCCCACUCUCCAUCCAGAUCACGGUCAAAAUCUAGAUCAAGGUCUUGGAAUAGUCAUAAAUCCAGUGGCCAUUAAUGCUGCAUUGAGUUUUUAUAGAAAUGUGAAUGUGUUUUUUGUUUUCUCACCCACCCCAUCCAUCUUAAAGAUGCAAGUGCAACAAUUUGUGUCUAUUUCCUAUGUUGUAACCAUAAGUGAGAAAAGUGAAAAUACCUUAAACAAUGUUGUCAACUUUUUAUUUAGUUUUGUUAAGCUGUUAUUCAAGCUACUUUCUCUUCAAAGCUAGUUUGACUCUGUACCUAUGUACAGCAUUUUUUAUUAUUAAUAGUGUUUAAACUGGCUGCAUAACCUUUUUGUAACGUAACUAUUUUGCCUAAAAGCCACAAAGGUUUGUGAAAUGGUUAGGAGUGAUUUCUAUUUAGAAAAGGAUUUGCAUAUAUAUACAUUUCUUAUGAUGGACUGACUCAGUGUACAGUAAAUAAAGCUUUUUCCUAAUUAAAGGCAAAAAAAGUGUUUUCUGAAUGGUAAUGCAAAAUUAAAGAUUUUAGUGUUUUCCAGUAUACAAUAAAUCCCUGUGCCAAGGAUUAGAAUCUCCACGUUUUGCAUGGUGUUAUGAGGAUGUAAAACUAAAUGCACCAUAUGUUGGCAUUUGUAAUCAAAUAGUGUUAAUGUGUGAGCAGAUUAAUGUAUUGAGGUGGGUGCAUGAAUUUAAGUUUUUGUGUGUGUGAAUAUUUCAUUUCUUGAAUGCUGUUUGGUUUCAAAUCGGAAGUAAACUUGUUUGUACCCCCUCUUCUGUAGUAGUUAAUUUUUGUUCAUUAAGGUAUCACUUGGGAUUUUAUUUGAUUGUGUAAAGUAAUUUUUCUUUAUAAAUACUUGGGUAGGUCUCUAAUUUCAUGAUUAACUCAGUCAAGUUGGGAAACACUGGAUCCAAAAUAAUAGCCCAUUACAGGACAUUUCUUCAGGACUCUUAUAGAGACAGGCACUUGAGAUGUCCCAUCUCUACGUUGUUUUGUAUGCAAUUUUAUUAACACACUGCAGUUUUUGUGGAGCUGCUGUAAUACAACUUACUUUACCAUUGCAAAAAAGAACAAAACUUUGUGUAUUUAUAUUUUUGUAAAAUCUUUAUGAAUCUCAUAAUUUCCGAAUAACACCUGUAGAAAUAAAAAUAAUUUGCUUUUGUCAUUUAGUUUAAAUAGGCUUUCCCUUGUACCUGAGACUUCACUUUUAGUUUAUGUAAUCAUUUAUCUGCAGGACACAAUCGUGUUUAUCAAGUUUUUGUUAGUCUUUAAUAGUAUAUUGUAAUGUUUGCUGAAGACCUGUUGUGGAAUUGUCAUUUAUGUUCCCUUUCUUAUAAAGCUUGUAAAAAGAGGUAUUUUUAUAUGUUCUUAACAGAUGGUGUGUUAAAAACAUUAACUGAUAGCAACCAGUUUAAUUCAAAUAUAUACUCUGCUUGUUAUAUAUUUGGCAAACAUACUGUAAUAAAAAUGGAAAUUGUUUGUGUCCAUUUUUAUUUUCAAUAAACAAAUGAAAUGUCUAACCUGAUGCAAAAGGGGUACAUGUGUUCGUUUUUUUUUUUUGGUUUUUUUUUUUUAUGUGACUUGAAUAUUGAUCUUGGACUUUAAUUGAAAUCUAAUAUGCAAAAUAGAGGAGCAGGAAAGUGUUCCUGCUCAGUUUUAGUCACUGCAUACUUAUUUUAG